GUGUGACAUGGAUAUUAAGAUACAUGUCGUUAUGUUACAUACAAAUAUUAAGGCGCAUGACGCCCAUAUCAUGUAAUAACGGAAAUAGUUGAUGACGUUCAGGGUCAAAGCUUGAAGAAGUGUCUUCCUUUCUCAGCCAACCAUACAUUCUAACAUGGAGGCAUAGCUUGUAACGAACAAAGAGAUUCACCAAAGACGAUGAAGCUGCUAUUAUUUUUAGCUCUAUUUGGCGCCAUUUCAAUCGUGUCGUCUGCGUUUGUCUGUCUGACCGGAUGUGAACAGAUUCCAUGCGCAGAUGCCAUCACUAAGGAAGCCUGUCAUCAGGAGAGGGGCAUCUUUGAAGAGUUCGGCGGCGGGGUUUGCGGAUGCUGUCCUUAUUGUUAUCAAGAAAUAGCAAAAGGCGGGCGCUGUCUGGCAAUACUGAGUGCCCUACUUGGUGUGCCGGACGCUGGGAAUCGCUGCGCCGAGGGGACGUUCUGUGAUCCGAAGACGAGCAAAUGUGAAGAACUCCCACUAGGGCCGAAAAAAUGCAAGAAUAUAUUUAAGAAUUGCACCGACAGAGAGUGUCACUGCUUGGACGCGCUCUGUCGGAGGAUCCGCCCGUACACUCCCAAACAGAAUGCCAGUGAUGAAGACAGUGGGUACACGGUACCGCUUGCAGAAGCAGAUUCUAUGAACUGUAGAUGUGCCCGAAAAAAGUUCAACUACCGAGAAAAGCAUCUAAUUGGCUUGAUGUUCAACUGUGACAUAAAAACGGGAAAUUUUUCUCCGCUUCAAUGUUAUGGGUCCCACUGCUGGUGCACGGAUGAACGGGGGAGAUCAUUUUGGAAGACAUGUACUCCAAUUGUAGACAUCAGGAAGAUGACAUGUUUUGGAAAGAGGCCUAAGACCUGGAACAAUGUGGACAUAGGACGCUGAUUACGAAUAUGAAAAUACAUACCUUAAACAGGGUUGAUACCCGGGGGUAGAUACUCGUCCAAUAGAGUUUCAUGUACAAAUAAACUGAACUUUCACUCAGCCUUGAAUUCUUCACAUUUUUACAUCUACGGUGCUGCAUCAGUUAUAAUUGUAAGUCGUGGACAAGCGAAAAUUUGUCAAAAUGACCAACUUAUGACUUUUAUGUUUACUUGUGUGUCUGUUCUUGUGUGUCUGAUUUACAGUUGACACUUGCGAGUAUGUCUUUGAGCUGUUGCUAAUAACACAUUUAAAAAACAACAGCUCAAAGUCAUACUCGAUAUCAACAUAGACUCCCUGGAGAGGUUUUGGCAUCAUCCGUUAUGAACCGAGGGAGGAGAUAGGGAACACCCUAUUGUUGCUCUAAAGUAGUGAUAGUAACCUAUUUGGCAAGUUCGCAAAGUAAUAGGGAUGAUUAUUCCUAAUCGCCAAGUCAACAUUCCCUUACUUUCGAGGUCAAGAUUAAAUGUACAUGAAUAUAUACGUAUAUUACAUAGUGACCUAUCAUCGGCCCUUCCUCAAAGACAUUUCAUUAAGUGAGUACUUCUUAGGCCACGUUAUCAUGAAGAUAGGAUCGACAGUGUCACUUGUUACGGUUGUAGUGUCCCAUAUCACCAGUCAACGGCAUGUUCGUUUACUAACUAAAACAUGGUAUAAAAACGUGAACUCUAUUGAAACCUGCAGCCGUAUUGUGCAAAUACGAAUGACACCUUUGUGAGGAUUCAAAUCGGAGAUGUUCAGCUAGUGAUGCGUUUGCAGAAAAAUAGAACAGUCACGAUAACGCCCCAGGUCAUCAAAGAUCCAUUGUUUUCCCUUGACUGAAGGUAGGCUAGAAGUCUUACCAGGAUUCCAGACUGUUUGUUUCCUACGAAGAUCGGAAUAGAGGGAAAGAUGGAACCAGAUCCAACAACCGUGGAUUCACCGGAUUCGACAGGUAACCCGCCACCAGGAGUGGAAGUGGAAGUGAUCGAAAUUGAAAUGAAGACGAAAUCAAACGCUGAAGUUGAUAUUAAAAUUCCCCUCGCCAACGAAGAGCAGGAUAGAAAUGCAUUGAUGUACGCCGUUGGAGACAACCCGCCAAUACAUAUGGCAUUUAUAUUUGGACUACAGCAAGUCCUACUAAGCAUUAGUUCAUCAAUCUCGAUCCCACUGAUAGUAGCUGAUACUAUCUGCGCAGGAAGCCUGGAACUCGUGAAAGCGGAACUUUUGGGGACCUUCCUUGUCAUGUGCGGGAUAUCAACAAUAUUGCAAUGCAUUCUGGGAGUAAGGUUACCUAUCAUCCAGGGUGGCUGUCACAAGUUCAUCCCGGCCGUGGUGGCGCUGAUGUCACUACAGAAAUGGCGCUGUCCAGAUAUGGGGGAAGGUUUUUCAAUUUCGAAUUCGUCUGAACUGAUGAUGAACAGCAGUUUCAUGAACGGCACGAAUAGUACCAUGGACGUGACCGAGGUGUGGCAGUCCCGCAUGCGAGAGAUCCAAGGCGGAAUCAUGGUCGCCUCAUUGACCCAGGUCGUCAUCGGCACCACUGGCAUCCUUGGCUUCAUCCUCCGAUUCAUCGGACCUCUGACCCUGGCGCCCACCAUCACUCUCGUGGGCCUCUCCCUCUUCGAUGUGGGCAUGUCAUUUUGCCAAGUCAACUGGGGCAUCGCCAUUUUGACCUUGGCUCUCCUGCUGUUGUUUUCCCUCUACCUUGGCAACGUACCAAUUCCGGUUCCGGCGUUCACACGAAAGCUAGGCUGUCACGUGAUGAAGUAUCCGGUGUUCAAAUUGCUACCGGUGAUUCUAGCCAUCGCCAUAUCCUGGUCCGUCUGCGCCAUCUUGACCGUCUGCAAUGUGUUCACCAACGACCCGGAUGACCAAGGCUACAAGGCUCGGGUUGACGCCAACAUCGAUGUGUUGUACAGCACCAAAUGGCUUUUCUUUCCCUAUCCAGGUCAGUGGGGAAUGCCAACAGUAAGCGCCGCAGGUUACAUGGCGAUGAUGGCGGCGACCUUCACCUCAGUUGUUGAAUCAGUCGGCGACUACUACGCGUGCGCAAGGGUAUGCCAGGAAGGCCCACCCCCUCCGCAUGCUGUCAAUCGGGGCUGCGCUGUGGAGGGGUUGUCGAGUAUUUUGUCUGGAGCAUUUGGAUCUGGAGGAGCCACCACAUCGUAUAGUCAGAAUAUUGGAGCUAUUGGGUUUACAAAGGUCGGAAGUCGCCUCGCUUUCAUAAUGGCGGGCUUCAUCUUCAUCGUCUGCGGAGUAUUUGGAAAAUUCGGCGCCAUUUUGACCAUGAUGCCCGCGCCCAUUCUCGGCGCCAUCAUCACUUUGAGCUUUGGUAUGGUGUCGGCCAUCGGUUUAUCAAGUCUGCAGUUCAUCGAUUUAGGAAGUUCCCGAAACCAGUGUAUUCUAGGAUUUUCGUUGAUAAUGGGUCUCAUGAUUCCGGGGUAUUUUAAAAGCAACCCCAAUGCCAUAUCGACGGGUAUGAUCGAGCUUGACCAAGUCCUGGUGGUGCUGUUCAACACACCCAUGUUUAUAGGCGGUGUUCUUGGCUGUUUUCUGGAUAACACGGUGCCUGGGACAGAGGAAGAACGAGGCAUAAUAAAAUGGCGUCAAGAAACAAUGAAAGGUGAUGGAACUUGUUCACAUGGAAUGAAGUCAUUAGAUCAAGUGUACGAGUUGCCCUACGUCACACCAUGGUUGAAGGAGCAGUGGAUUGCAACCUAUAUACCUUUCUUGCCGUCCUACUCGCAAAGGUGGCACUGUUCAUGCAGGAAGUCAAAGAAAAGCAGUGAAUGAACCAGAUUCAGCACGCGGGUCGUUCCUUAUGAAAUAUACAGAGGUCAUGUCACAUCAGCCAUGAAUAUCAACGUUACCAUCAACGUCUACAUAUGGAGGUACUCUUUGUGUGGAUAAUUUGCCUCUGACGUCAUCACAAUAUACACCAUAUACUGCAAAACCAAAUGAAUUUUGACAGAGGCGAUGUGAUGAACUUGUGUAAGUGUUUGUGCGCAAACUUCGAAUUCAGUUGUGCCUGACAUUAACAGUGUCUGAUAUGCGCAUUGGAAUGCUUUUCGACGUAUAGCGCUAUUGUUAUUGACAACCGGAUGCCAUAGAGAAAGUGGUCAAACAGUUCAUUUGUGUAGUGAUCGACCUUGGAUAUACAUCUUUUUAUCUUUUGUGAUAUAGGGUGGGAAGUAACGCACGCAAUUUAGCUGCUUGAGGGACGCAUGCACAAAAAGCCUAUCUAAUACAAAUGCAUGUAAU